AACCCUCAACUCUGAUUCCUCGUCAUGCCGCCGCAUCUAAGCCCCCCUCCGAUUUAAUCCUCUCGCUCCUCACGUAGCUUUUUCAACCCUCAGGCGUUGUUGGUGAUAUGCCGGUUGGUUAAGCCCUCUGCGCAACGUUCUCCCCCCCGCGCAAAUCCCUGUGACUGCUCCCCCCCUCCCGAGACCCGAGAGAAAUGUCGCCGGCAAGGGAAACGCGAAGGAAUCGUCCGAAGCCCAAAGUAGGCGCAAAAAGGGAAAUACCACGAGACCAGGGCCCCGGGAGCGCUUUAGGCCCCUCUCAUCAAGCGCGGCCGCGACAGGGGAGGCCCGCUGUCCCCCCCCCGAGCCGUCCCGUCGCAGCAUCGACUGGGGACGUGCCGAGGUUCCAAACAGACGGCUGGGAUUUUUCUAGAUGCCUGGCCCUUCUUUUUUUUUUUUUCCUUCUGACAGCCGCAUGGGGGGCUCGGAGCGUUGCGCGCAUCCUUGCGCUUUCAACGGCGCAGCGGGAGGUCAGUGAGGUUUGCGUGAUAGAAGAUUCCCAAGGUCAAAUGGAUCAAGGAAAUGAUGUCAGCGCGAGUGUCGCAUGCGGUCGCAGCUUACACAUGCGUAGUAAUAAAAAUAAAAAUAAAAGCAAUUCCUUCCCGGAGCCCCAAAAGUGCCUAGAUCUGCGUUUCACUCGUCUCGGCCACUGGUCUGCCUCGAUGAGAACCCAUGAAACCAAACCACUCCGCACAGCCGGCCAAUCACACGCCCGCCCUGACACGCACCCCUGGACGUCACAUCUCAGAGCCUCAACACCAACCCAACGGAGCCAUUGUCUACGGGAUAUCGUCCCAAGAUGCAUUCCAAUCUCACGCCUCUCCGCCCCCGUGUUUGCCCCGAAUCUAUCGCCGUGUCCUUUAUUCCACCUGCUUCUCCUGUAGCCGCCGGUUAAGCGCCCUGCCUUACACCGUCUCGCACCCCUACAAUCCCGCUUCCAUCCCCAGUUUCUAGAACGCCCCCCAUCUACAUGCCGCAGGCGCAGCUAUUUUUAUCCUGUCUUUUGGCGUCGCC